UCGAGAAUAACAGCCACUGUGUAACCGGUUUGGGUUUCCUGUGUAUGUGGCCGCUGACGGCAGAGAUCGUGGUCUCCCUUCUCCAUGACGACGAGUGAAGGAACAAACAUGGCGGCCGAAGAUGAGACGUACUACUUAGAACAGCUCACAGUCGCUGAUGACAGCGAUGAUGAAUUUCCUUACGAGGAGGUUCCCAUUGAGGAUGACUACUCCGUAACCGAGGGAGAUGAGGAUUUAGACACUGCUGUGAAAACAAUUAAAGAGAAGUCUGAAGAUGCUUCACUGAUUAAAUCUGGUCCACUUGUAGCAAGUGUCACAACAAGACCAGAAGUAGUAGAGGACUUUGUGAGAAAUUUCCUAGUAAAGAUGGGAAUGAAUAAAACUCUUGACUGCUUCCAGACUGAAUGGUAUGAGCUCAUGCAGAAAGGACUAUUAAAUGAAGAGGAAGUUCGUAUUGUUCCAGAUCUGUUUGUCAAGAAUCAACAACUUGAUGACACAGUGAAGUUGCUGCGCCAAGAUGUUACCAAGUACAAGGAUGCGGCAGAGAAAGCCAGACAGACAUUUGUACGGCUGCGCAAAGAGAGGGACUUCCACCGAAUGCAUCACAAGAGAGUUGUACAAGAGAAAAACCGUCUUAUCACGGACAUCAAAAGACUGAAGAAGCAUUACUCAUCAUAUGAGCCAACACUUGUUACUCUCAAACAUAAGUAUGAGGUGGCAAUGAAAGAGAAGAUGCUAACCAAAUUGGAGAGGGAUAGAGCUGUUGGGCAGGUUCAUGGAUUACAGUCCACGCUUCAUCAAGUUGGGGGAACAAAAGAAGUGAUAACAGAGGGUACUGGUGGUGGACGUACAAUAAGAGUUCAACAACCUGCUCCAGCCCAGGCCACAAACGAAGACCUGGCUCUGACCACUAAGCGCCAUCCCAAGGAUUCUGAGUUUCCGGUGGAUAACCGUGUUAACCCAAUGUUGGCCCAUCAUAGAGGCCCAUCUGCACACUUGACAAGAUCUGGUGGGUUCCGCCUGACACACUCCAUCAACGCCCACAGUUUGCCUGUUAGUGGUUUGGCCCUUCAUCCGAGGAAACAAGUGUUUGCCACUGUUAGCGAUGACAACAAAUGGAAAAUGUGGGCUAUCCCAAGUGGUGACAUCAUUAUGACUGGCGAAGGGCACAAGAAUUGGAUAUCUGACUGUGAUUUCCAUCCAGGGGGUGCACGGCUCGCGACCUCCUCCGGUGAUGGAACUGUUAAAAUCUGGGACUUCUCUAAAGCGGAGUGUGUGUUGACCUUUGCGGACCACACCCAUGCAGUAUGGGGCUGUACCUGGCACUCAAAGGGGGACUUUCUGGCAUCGUGUUCUAUGGACAACACCUCAAAGAUAUGGGACCUCAACAGUGAGCGAUGUCGUUACACCCUGCACGGUCACGCAGAUUCAGUCAACAGUAUCGUGUUUCUGCCUUACUCCAACACUUUACUGACCAGCUCUGCCGAUAAGACAUUGUCGCUUUGGGAUGCACGAACGGGCCUGUGUGCACAGACGUUUUAUGGCCACAUGAACUCAUGCAACCACUGCACGUUCAAUCUCAAGGGCGACACCGUGGCGUCAUGUGAUGCGUAUGGAGUCGUAAAACUGUGGGACGUGCGCACAGUCAGCUGCAUGGCGACCGCUGACCUGGGCCCUCAUCCCGCUAAUCGAGUGGCGUUUGAUCCUAGCGGAACAGUACUUGCCAUCGCAAGUAACGACGGCUCUGUCCAAAUGUAUGAAGUAGCGUCCGGUAAAGUUAACCAACUAACCGGACAUGAAGAUGCUGUCCAAAGCGUGUUGUUUGACCGGGCUGGAGAGUUCUUGCUCUCGUCUGGAUCGGAUGGGACUGUCCGGAUUUGGUCCUGAGCUCGCCGUUUGUGCCAGAUAGCGCCCUGCCAAGCGUGGCUUUAAUGUUACCAUUAGAUGGUCAUUAUGAUGUAAACCUUGUAUAUAAUAUAGGCUCGCUUUGAUAGCUUAGAUGAUUACAUUUGUUCACCUUGACGAUUUAGUUUGUAUGUAUCAUUGUCAAAUAUUUAAUUACAGAUGAAUAGUCUUUUUUGAUGAUUGUUUUUAUAAUUUUAAUUCCAGUUAAACCCAUUGACGGGGUGACCCUUCAAUUGGCCUGUACCACCCAAACCCAAAUUCAUCCAUCAAUUCAAUUCAUAAAUACAAAAUAAACACGAGUUUAGAUACUCAGACAUCAGUCCAGGGGAUAAAUGUUGUUGAAGAUUUGCAUCCAAUUAAGGUGAUAUCAACUACAACAAUCAUUAAAAGCGUUUUGUUUAGUAA